AUGGCAGAGCUAUCUGCAAACCAGCUGGCUGAGCUGGCGGUGGAAUCGGGAGCGCUGGCUGAUGGGAGUGGCAUCGUGGAGAUCAUGGGCAACCUGAAGACCGUGGAAGACCUUGCCAAAUUCUUGGGCAAGCUGAACACCAUUGCUGCGAUGGAAUUGCAAAGCAGUUCGUACGCCGGUUCCAUCUUGAGCAUUGCCUUCCAAAGGAUAGCGAUCAACUUCCCUAAGUUCAAAGCCAGUGAUUUCGCCUACUGGUUCCAAGUCAUCUUCCAGAACGUUCUGCACGAGUUCAACGAGACCCUUGUGGCGGACAUUCCGCUCAAGAUAUCGUGUGACUCCUACCAGAAAAUAUUGAAAGGUUUCAACAAUGUUUUCGCCAACAUCCUGCCUGGAAAGGCUCUCAGUGUAUUUGGAUUCAGCAAAGCUUUCUUGACUACAAAAAUCAAAUCAGGCAUUGCAUGUGGAAGGCCAACUCAGAGUGUUCAGGAGUGGCUGGAAAUCAAUCUUGGGAACUUCAGCCGAUAUGCCCAAUACCAGGACCUGCUCAGCUGGAAUUUGCAUUUUGACGGAAUGGCUGUACUGCAAUCUUUGUCUCCACUGCAACUUGCAUCCCUCACUCUGAAGUCUGAUGCCAUCAAUGAAGAGGAGAAGAUGUGCCAGAUUCUUGCAAGGCUGCAGAACAAACCACUGGGAGAGAUCUACCAGUAUUUGGACCAAUUCAACACAGAUGCCCAUAAGAACCCACAUUGCUUGUAUGCAUUCUAUUGCUGA